AUGUGGUGUCGUGUGUUGGUGACCAAACAACAGCCCCCACAACACUACCUCAACAGCAACGACACACAUGGGUUUAGGGGUCACAACAGCACCCGCACAACCACCAACAGCAGCCCCGACAACAGCACCCGCCACUACAACCACUACAACAGCAGCCCCCACAACAGCAACUCCCACUCAGCAGCCCCCACAACAGCACCUCCCACACACAACAGCAGCACGCCACAUCACCCUCCACUACACCACAACAGCAGCCACUACAACAACAGAAUCCCACACUACAACCACAACAGCAGCCCUGACAAGAGAUUCCCCCACUACAACCACAACCCGCACAACAGCACCCCCCAGUAUAACCACCACAACAGUAACCACUAUAACAGCACCACACACUAUAACCACAACAGCAGCCCCCACAACAGCACCCCCAACUACAACCGCAACAACAGCAGCCCCCACAACAGCACCCCCAACUACAACCAUAACAACACAAGCCCCAACAACAGCACCCCAAACUACAACCACAGCAACAGCCCCCACAAUCAGACCUACAGUCCCCAUAACAGCUCCAACUACAAUCACAACAACCGAAGCCCCUACUGCAUCCAUGACAAAGGCAGCCCCCUCUACAACCUUAUCCAUAGCCCCUACUACAACCACCACAACAACAACAGCCACUUAUCCAACCACAACACAUGUACCCACCACUAUACGUACAACUACCACUACAAAUGCAGUGCCUGCAACGGCCGUACCAACUGCAGCACCAACACAAACCACAACAGCUGCAGCACUUACAACUGUCACAACUGCAGCUCCCACUACAACCACAACAGCAGUCCCAACUAUAUCCACAACAAAAGCAGCCCCCACUACAAACAUUACAACAGAAGCAAGUGCCAAGGUGACCACAACCACAACCACAACCACUAUAUCUGCCACCACAAAUAGUAGUACUUUAUACAUGCCCCUUGUCUUCAUGUUAACAAAUCGUGUUUUUGUGCCUGCAUUGGCCAACCAAAACUCAGCGGAAUAUAUUCAGUUUGCAAAUGACGUUAUC